AUGGAAUCAUCGCCGUCAGCAAGCCAAGAGCAUCCGAUAGAGUCCGAAAAAGUUGUUGAGCAGGAGAAAAGGUGGUGGCAUUUUGAAAAGAAAAUUGCGUCAUUUUAGCAUUUCAGAAGUUCGGUGCUAUUGAAAACCGUCCAGUGUCCGUACAAUACAGAGCACCAGGUAGAAAAUCGGGAAAGAAAAAAUAAUUUUUAGGCCAUUUUUUCCAGGUCCCACUUCAAAAUUUCAACGAGCACGUCUGGCAGUGCCGUUUCGAACGCAUGUCGUUUUAUCCGCACGCCCUCGAACUCAAAAGGUACACGGCAGUUGUGAAACUGUGCGAACCAUACUUGCAACCGGCCCGAGCCCGACCCGAAAAUCGGGAAAAAUUAGGAAAUUUAAACUGAAAACCCGAUUGUGUACCCGGCGCCAAAUCUCAUGACACUUUGUUGCAGAUGCAAGUACGAUAUUCGCCAUUUCCUUCCGAAAGAGGAGCUCGAAUUUCACGAACUUUACUGCCGACAGGAGGCGGAAGAAACGUUGAAAUUGCUGAAAACCGAGCCAAUCGAGCUGGAUGUCGGCCGAUUUUUGGCGUUGCAAAAAGAGCGGAACCGGCUGGAGGGCCAAUGGGACGACGACGAUUCGAACAGCGAUUCGGACGACGAUGACGGCGAUCGGAAGAAGAAGAAGAAGGAGAAGGAGGUGACGUCGGAGAUCGAGGAUUCCGACCUGGACGAGGAGGACCGCGACGAGACCAUCAAACGCCUCGUGUACUUGGAUCUGAUCAAAAAAAUUAACAAUGCGGAGAUGAAAUGA